GAUCUAUCUAGAUAGUGAAUUGCUCCUCGUUCUUUCACUCUUACUGCAAACCUCGUUCAUUACUGUGUUCCUCAGGUAUCAAUUGGCCAAUACUGUCCUUAACGCAUCACAGAUUUGGCUUCACUGCCAUAGAGCCAAUUCACCAAAUAAACUCCGCUCAACACCCGCAGCCGGCCGAUUUAUCCUCUGCACGAGCAUAGAAGUGACGAAUUGACGAAUUGACCGCGCGAACUGACCCCUUCUAUCUGUACUGGAGGAUACCUCGGAGACUGCAUAUAUAUCGUUCAAUAUAUUGCGAAAACCAUGUUUCUUUGAGCUGAAAACGCGAACCGCUUAUCCCCGCAACGCCUACCGAAACCUCGCGCGCGAGAAGAUCUGCCUUUACUGCGUAUAAUUAUAUGAUGGCAUCUCCUUUCAGGUGUUCGGGUGUGACUGCCCCUAUGCGCCUUCACUGUAAUCUGAGGGAAGCAGGGGGUAAGGCCCCAUUGCGCUUGGGAAGACAUUUUGCCGCCAGAAACCUCGCACCUGUGUCUACGUCGUUUAUCUCCAAAGCCCCGAUGAUGGCCAGUGCAUGCCACCUUCGAGUCUCUCAACAACCUUGGAGGCUACAUGCAAUCUCCAGGAGGCUGCUAAUCAGGGAAUACAAGUCGGCUACCUCGUCACAGUCCCCCACUCCUGCCUCCCUCCCCGUCACAGAAAAGGAAGAAUCGCCUGUUGUACAGUACGUGCCACCGCAGACUGGCUUGCUCGCCUAUUUGCCCAAAUCAUGGGUACCUUACGCUGAGCUUGUGCGUCUGGACAAACCAACCGGAACAUAUUACCUCUUCUUCCCUUGCCUAUUCUCGACUCUUCUCGCGGCGCCAAUGGCAACGCCGAUGGCUACACCGACGGACGUGAUCACGACAACAGCUCUAUUCUUCAGUGGUGCUUUGAUUAUGAGAGGGGCUGGAUGCGCUAUCAACGAUCUAUGGGACAGGAAUCUAGACCCCAAAGUCGAGAGGACGAAAUUGCGGCCCAUUGCUCGAGGAGCGCUGACUCCCGAAAGAGCCAUCAUCUUUACCGGAACGCAGUUACUAGCAGGUCUCGGUAUCCUUCUUCAAUUCCCCACGCAAUGCUUAUGGUAUGGCAUACCAAGCUUGCUCCUCGUUUCAACAUACCCGCUCGCCAAGCGGGUGACCAAUUACCCGCAGUUUGUCCUGGGGCUUACCUUCUCGUGGGGUGCGAUCAUGGGGUUCCCGGCCCUUGGAGUUGACCUUCUCUCGAAUCCCAGUGCCUUGCAGACAGCAGCCGCCCUGUAUGCCAGCUGCAUUUCCUGGACAGUUUUGUAUGAUAUGAUCUACGCACAUAUGGACAUUAAAGACGAUGUGGCAGCUGGUAUUAAAUCUAUUGCGCUACGCCACGAGCACAAUACGAAGACUGUGCUAUCUGGCCUAGCCGUCGCACAGGUGUCCCUCCUUGCUGCAGCAGGUUUGGCAGCAGGAGCGGGCCCUAUCUAUUUCCUCGGCACAUGCGGUAGUGCGGCUCUCACCCUCGGUGUGAUGAUCUCACGGGUCCAGCUGAAAGACGUGAAGAAUUGUUGGUGGUGGUUCAAGAAUGGAUGUUGGUUUACCGGUGGUGGAAUCACAUUAGGGUUGUUGGGUGACUACGUCGCACGGCUUCUGGGACUCUAUGAUGAAGAGACGAAGUCCAACUCUGAACUUGCAUGAAGCCGCUAAAUUUUGGACCAGGGUCUUUUGUGGCAGCUUUGUCGAUCUGCAGGCCUCGCUCACGUGUAUCAGUAUUUAGUAGGAGAUGGAGUAUGUAUAGAUAGAUAGAUUUAAGUUUAUCAGGAUCCCAAAUGCAACCGCCAAUUUCGAUAUCAGCAG